AUGUCGACCAACCCACCCCGCUCCAAACGCUCCCGGACCUCUUCCUCGAUAUCCCAACGAGCAUCACGAACGAUAGGCAAAACCGAAAUAACAAUAAACGUCUACGACCUCCUACCCCCCUCCCGCCUAUCGAGUCUGCUCUGGACCCUCGGCUCCGGCCUCCUGCACACGGGCGUCGUAAUCCACGAUCGCGAAUACGCCUACGGCGGGCACAACCGGCGCAACACAACCGGCGUCUACCACACCCCCCCCGGCCACGAACCCCCCGGCGGAACCUUCCGAUGCUCGAUCCUGCAAGGCAUCAGCUUCCUUCCCAUCCACGAGAUCGACAGCAUAAUCCACCGAGUCUCGGAAGAAUUCCUCGGGGAAAAGUACAAUUUAUUAACGAAUAACUGCAACCACUUCACCUCAACCCUCUGCUCGCGGCUUACGGGUAAACCGGCGCCGGGAUGGGUGAAUAGAGCAGCGGGGAUCGGGUUGGCGAUUCCGUGUAUGGUGCCUAAAGAAUGGAUACAGCCGCCAGACCACGAGACGGCCGAAGGCGAAUUGAUAGAUGGAGAUGAAGAGGACGAGGACGAGGACGAGGACGAGCAGGCGGCGAUGUUGGAUAGUGAUCGGAGACGGACGAGGCGGGCGGAGGAGGAGCAGCGGCAGAGACGCAGUGCGGCGGGUGGUAGUGGUAGGCGUGCAGCGGGUGGUAGUAGGAGUGCGGCGAGCAGUAGGAAUACACUCGAUUCUUAUGAUACGGGCACGAAGGGCAGUAGUUUGAGUUUAGUGGGUGGGAGGAGAAUAAGUUGGGUUGAAGGGACGCCGCCGCCGCGAUUGGUUAGUGUGGGGGAUACGAGUGGGCGGGAGAUGCCUGUGGCUGAGAGGGCGCCUGUGCCUGUUAGACGAUAG